AUUGCAAUAAGACCGUAAAAAUAACAAAAAUUCCGUCGCUACUUGGCAUUGGCGUAGCCUCGAUAGGCAUCUGGGAAGGAGCUUCAUUCAUCUGAGGUAGAGUGACUUCACGAACAGCGAGAGACGGAGAAAUGGCCUGGAGAGGACAGCUAUCCAAGAAUUUGAAGGAGCUUCGGAUCUUGCUCUGCCAAACCUCUCCUUCAAGCGCCCCCGCUAGGGCAUUUGUGGAAAAGAAUUACAAAGAACUCAAGACUUUGAAUCCCAAAUUUCCAAUAUUGAUCCGGGAGUGCAGUGGAGUCGAGCCGCAAUUGUGGGCUAGAUAUGACAUGGGCAUUGAAAGGGUUGCUCGUCUAGAGGGUUUGAGCGAGGCACAGAUCUCGAAGGCACUUGAAGACCUAGUCAAAGUUGGGGCAUCCUGAAAGGAGUAAUCUGCUGUGCUAUUGUACUGCAACAGACGUCAAUAAAUGCACGAGUGGAACUUUUGUUGAGAUGCUUUUGUGUUUACAUUCUGUUCGCUCAGCUCUUUUGAGAUUAUUGCUCAAAUAUUCAUCUUCAGAAAUCAUGUUUCUGGUACGUAUGUCUAUUUGUCUAUAUGGAGAGUUAUUGCCAUAAUGGUGAUAAUGAGUUCCACAUUUUCCUCAUACAAUUGGUCACAAUAAUUUCAUAGAAUUGGAUACGUUCUAUUUUUAGAUGGAAUGGAUCUAAAAUGCUUAUUUCUAUCU